AUGGCUGAUAGGCAUGGUGAGGAUUCUCCAUACUUUGCUGGUUGGAAAGCCUAUGAUCUCAACCCAUAUGACCUACUCUACAACCCAUCUGGGAUUAUUCAAAUGGGUCUUGCUGAGAAUCAGGUUGGGACUGACCUAUUAGAAGAGUGGCUGGAGAAGCAUUCUGAUAUCCCUACAUGGAAGGGCACUCUCACAAGCUUCAAGCAAACUGCACUGUAUCAGGAUUACCAUGGCCUAGCUAAUUUUAGAAAGGCACUAGCUAACUUCAUGGCAGAAGUGAGGGGAAGGAGAGUGAAGAUUGAUCCAGAUAUGAUUGUUUUAACAGCCGGUGCCACCGCCGGCAAUGAAAUACUCACAUUUUGCAUUGCUGACCCCGGAGAGGCCUUGCUUGUCCCAACCCCAUACUAUCCAGGGUUUGAUAGGGAUUUGAGGUGGAGAACUGGAGUGGAUAUAAUACCAGUGAAGUGCUAUAGCUACAACAACUUUGAAGUCACACUCCCAACCUUAGAAAAAGCCUACCAAGAAGGGUUAAGCAAGAAGCAGUCCAUAAAAGCUAUUCUCAUAACCAACCCAUCAAACCCUCUAGGCCUCACCAUUUCCCCUCAAACCCUCACCAAGAUACUCGACUUCGCUGCUGAAAAAUCUCUCCAUGUCAUUUCUGAUGAAGUUUACGCUGGAACUGUGUUUUCUUCUCAGCCCUUCACUAGCAUACUUGAAAUUGUCCAGAGCUCAAACAAGUAUGACCCGGAAACAGUCCAUGUCGUUUAUAGCCUCUCCAAGGAUCUUGGCCUCCCGGGCUUCCGAAUUGGCGCUAUCUACUCUUCAAACCCCAGAAUUAUCACUGCAUCAAGGAGAAUGUCAAGCUUCUCUCUCAUAUCCUCCCAAACCCAGGUGCUGCUAAAGUGCCUUCUUUCCGACUCUGGAUUUAUCGCAGAGUAUCUUGCUACAAUUAAGGAGAGACUGAAAAGGCGACACGGGGAAUUCAAGAGGGGGUUGAAAGAGAUAGGAAUCGAUUCCUUGGAAGGUAAUGCAGGUCUAUUCAGCUGGGUUAACUUGAGGAAUUUAUUGGUUUGUGAUAAUUGGGAUGGAGAAAUGAAGCUAUGGAGAGUAAUUCUUGAAGAAAUCGGCUUGAACGUGAGCCCAGGAUGCUCAUUCCACUGCGAAGAACCGGGAUGGUUUAGGGUUUGUUAUGGGAAUAUGAGCGAAGAUGAGAUGAAUGUUGCUCUAGGCAGGAUAAAGGCAUUCAUGUCGGCUGGUCGAGCACAAGAAAUAGCAGUACUAUCCAUGGGGAAAACUGAUGCAUUGGCGGCAGCGGAGGGGUCCAGUGGGGUUGCGGCCGCAGCCUGCACAUCACUUGGGUUGGAUGCAGGUGAUCUACAACCAGAGCCACUUGCUCACUGA